AUGCCGCUCUCCUUUAUCGUCUGGGCCCUCCUUCUCCUCCGUCUCUCAUGUUCAGCCGAAUCCUACGGCUGUGAUCUCUACGACCCUUCCAACCCCUGCUACACCGGUGGAAGAGUCGACAGUGACCUCAGCCCCGACCCGCUCCCUUUCUCGACCCGGGCGUACUGGAUGCGGCGUGCGAUCGGGGCCCUGGCGGAUAUCAACGAGGGUAGCCCUUGUCCAUUUGCGGCCUUCGGGGCAGUCAUCGUCAAUCAUACUGCGUCCGAGAUAGGAACGGCUGAGAGCCAGCUGGGCCAGGAGGUGUGCAUCGGUGCAAAUUCGAUGGCGAGGGAUGGAAAUCCGACCUUGCACGGCGAAAUAGCAGCCAUUAACAACUGCAGCCGAAUAUUGACUGAUCCUGAUGGGCCAUACAAGCUCUCGGGACCUGAGGCGCUGAGCGCAUUGGGUGAUUUGAGUCUGUAUACCACGGCCGAGGCGUGUCCUAUGUGCUCCUCCGCAAUCAUCUACGGCGGGUUCCGCGAAUACAUCUUCUCCACGUCAAUCCCCACGCUCCGCUCGUACGACUGGCCUCAAAUCGUCAUCCGCUCGAGAGAAAUCUUCUCCCGAAGUGUCGGCAGACUGUCUGCGCACCGGACGCGGAUCUUGGGGGAAGUGCUGGCGAAUGAGACUGAGGAGUUGUUCAGAUGGCAAUUUGCAGACGGGGAUUGUCCUAGAGGAUGUGAGAAAGAGGGCAGUGGCUGUGUGAAAUCAAAGAAUUCAGAUGCGGGAACGAGGAGAGACGAAUUGUAA